AUGGCACCACAAAACGGAUUCCAGUUCGCCAUAGAUCGUGGCGGUACCUUCACAGAUGUGUACGCUCGCUGUCCGAGUGGGAAGGUUCGGGUCAUGAAACUGCUCUCAGUGGACCCUCAGAAUUAUGAUGACGCACCCAGAGAAGCUAUCAGGAGGAUAUUGCAAGAGGAAACAGGCAAAGCAUUAAAUGCAGAUGGCAAAGUCGAUGCAUCCCUCAUAGAGUCGAUAAGGAUGGGCACAACAGUGGCCACUAAUGCAUUACUUGAGAGGAAGGGCGCUAAAAUGGCACUUAUCAUCAAUAAAGGUUUCAAAGACCUAAUGUAUAUUGGUAAUCAAGCUAGGCCGCAUAUAUUUCAGCUGGACAUCAAACGUCCAGGUGUGCUAUACACAGAAGUAAUAGAGGUAGACUGCCGCGUAAUACCGGCUCUAGAAGACAGAUGUCAAAUGGACAAAUCUGGAAAGAACUGGAAAGAAGUAGUAGGAACUACGGGAGAGAAGAUGUUAGUCGUGAAAGACUUGGAAGAAGAAAAAGUAAAGAAAGAUCUUCUGGCUUUAAAACAGAAGGGAAUUGAGAGUAUAGCUGUGGUGUUAGCUCAUAGUUACACUUACCACGACCAUGAGAUCAGGAUCGGAAAGAUUGCUGAUGAAAUUGGCUUCAAGCAGGUAUCUCUGUCACACGCAAUCACUUCCAUGGUCCGUAUAGUACCGCGAGGCUUCACAGCAUCAGCUGACGCGUACCUCACUCCUCACAUCAGGGAGUACGUGAGAGGAUUCGCUGACGGAUUCUCCGGAGGACUGAAAGAUGCGAAUGUGCUGUUUAUGCAAUCUGAUGGUGGACUUACUCCUAUGAAUUUGUUCAACGGAUCAAGAGCGAUUCUCUCCGGACCUGCGGGAGGUGUUGUUGGAUACGCCAUGACAGCAUACCAAAAGGAAACUGGGCUUCCAGUCAUAGGUUUCGACAUGGGUGGUACUUCGACGGACGUGUCUAGAUACGCUGGCACGUUGGAACAUGUCCACGAGGCAACCACUGCUGGGGUCACUAUACAGGCACCGCAACUAGAUAUCAACACUGUAGCGGCCGGCGGUGGGUCCAUGUUAAUGUUCCGGUCCGGCCUGUUCGUGGCGGGGCCCGAGUCUGCGGGCGCGGAGCCCGGCCCUGCCUGCUAUAGGAAGGGGGGCCCGCUUACUGUUACUGAUGCUAAUUUGUUGCUCGGCCGUCUCCUACCGGAAUACUUCCCGAAGAUCUUUGGCAAGUCUGAGAACGAGCCGCUGGAUAGGGACGCGACGGUGACUGCAUUCAAGAAGAUGACGGAUGAGAUCAACAGCUUCUUGAGGCAGGAUGGCGGGAAAGAGAUGACAAUGGAAGAAGUCGCUAUGGGAUUCAUAAAUGUUGCCAACGAAGCUAUGUGCAGACCUAUCAGGGCUCUAACAACAGCCCGUGGCCACGACGCGUCGCAGCACGCGCUGGCAUGCUUCGGCGGCGCCGGCGGACAACACGCCUGUAGUGUCGCCAGGCAACUUGGGAUCAGCACUGUACUCAUACAUAAAUAUGCUGGUAUCCUAUCAGCAUACGGCAUGGCUCUAGCGCACAUAGUCCAGGAGGAACAGUCCCCCGCCGCCGCGGUAUACAACCCCAACCACUUCAAGCAACUGGAUGACCAGCUCGACCUAUUAGCCGCUGUCGCGAAGGACAAGCUGAAGAAACAGGGUAUCCCGGAGUCCCAGAUAGUCACGGAGCCGUACCUUCACUUGCGAUACGCCGGCACUGACUGCGCACUCAUGGUCGCUCCACUACACGUACAGUCGGACACCGCCUGUAGACACGGAGACUUCUAUACUGCUUUUGUCAAUAGAUAUCAAAACGAGUUUGGCUUCAAGCUAAACGAGCGUGAUGUAAUCGUGGAUGACGUCAGAGUACGUGCUGUGGGUAUGAGCACAGUGCCUAAAGAGGUCCCACCACCUUCUGGUAAGGGAACUACACCUGUACCGGAGAAAAGUACAAAAGUAUACUUCGAAGGUGGUUACCAAGAGACUUCGAUAUACCUGCUGGAGAAGCUAAAACCUGAGCAGGUGGUGCCAGGACCUGCCAUCAUCAUGGAUGGACUGUCCACUAUUGUUGUCGAACCAGAUUGUCGCGCCGAGAUAACGGAGUUAGGUGAUAUCCGUAUAGUAAUAGGUACGGGGGCGCCGAAGCGAAUCACCACAGAGCUCGACUCCAUACAGCUCAGUAUAUUCAGCCAUCGAUUCAUGUCUAUAGCUGAGCAGAUGGGCAGAGUGCUCCAACGCACUUCAAUAUCAGUGAAUAUAAAGGAGCGCCUCGACUUCUCGUGCGCGCUGUUCGGCGCUGACGGCGGGCUCGUGUCCAACGCCCCGCACAUACCGGUGCAUCUCGGGGCCAUGCAGGAAACUGUGCAGUAUCAGAUGAAAGUGCGCGGUGACUCAAUGAAGCCCGGUCAGAUCUACCUCGCGAACCACCCGAAGGCGGGCGGCUCACAUCUACCUGACUUGACUGUUAUUACACCUGUGUUCUGGCCGUCACAACCGAAGCCAGUAUUCUACGUAGCAUCCCGCGGCCACCACGCGGACAUAGGCGGCCUGACGCCAGGCUCCAUGCCGCCCCACUCCGUCAGUCUGUCGCAAGAGGGCGCUGCAUUCAAGUCCACGCUAUUGGUCGACGACGGGACCUUCAAUGAGGAACUGCUUACUGAAGAAUUAAUGAAGCCUGGUAAGGUUUCAGGAUGCUCUGGCACUCGGAACUUAGCGGAUAAUCUAUCAGAUUUGAAAGCACAGGUCGCUGCUAACCAAAGGGGUAUCCAACUAGUAGGCGAACUGAUCAGCGAGUACGGGCUGGAUGUGACGCAAGCAUACAUGUCACACAUACAGAACAACGCAGAGCUCGCCGUCAGGGACAUGCUGAGGGAAAUAGCCCGCAACGCGCUAUCAAAGACCGGUUCCUCAGUAUUACAAGCGACGGAGUACAUGGACAAUGGAACUCCAAUCAACCUCACUAUAACUCUCGAUGAAAAAGAGGGCAGCGCCAUCUGUGAUUUCACCGGUACAGGUGUAGAAGUAUGGGGCAACCUGAACGCUCCGCGCGCCAUCACUCUAUCCGCGCUCAUAUACUGUCUACGCUGUAUGGUCGGACAUGAUGUACCACUCAACCAGGGCUGCCUCAACCCAGUGAAGGUGAUAAUCCCGGAGGGUUCCAUACUGGACCCGUCAGAUGACGCGGCCGUCGUCGGUGGCAACGUGCUUACCUCACAACGCAUUGUUGAUGUCGUGCUGAAAGCAUUCCAGGUGUGCGCAGCGUCUCAAGGUUGUAUGAACAACUUGACGCUGGGCGAGGAGGACUGGGGGUACUAUGAAACUGUCGCCGGAGGAAGUGGGGCUGGUCCCGGCUGGCAAGGUUCAGGAGGUGUACACACACACAUGACGAACACUCGCAUCACUGACGUGGAGAUAGUGGAGCGACGGUACCCCAUGCUGGUCACCAGGUUCUCACUCAGACCUGGAUCUGGAGGGAGAGGUCGUUGGCGAGGCGGUGACGGUGUGAUCAGAGAGUUAGUGUUCCGUCGCACCGUGCAGCUCUCAGUACUCACUGAGAGACGAGCCUUCCAACCGUAUGGGAUGAAUGGUGGCGAGGCGGGCGCGCGUGGUUUGAAUUUGCUACAACGUGUGGACGGACGACUCAUUAACUUGGGGGGCAAGGCGUCUGUACAGGCAUUCCCUGGGGAUAAAUACAUAAUGAACUCCCCUGGAGGCGGUGGCUAUGGACCAGCUUCAGAUGCUUCUGAAGGAGACCAAGAAGGAAGCAAACCCAGCGCCUUCCUAGAACGAGGCAGCGUGUACGAAUACAGAGCUGCGCAGGAGUCUGUGUAG